UCGGCUAUUAAUACAGUCCAGUUGUUAGUACUACACGCAGCCUGUUCGAUAAUAAACGGUGUUUUCCAUCUGUCGUCAGCCGGGAUAUUGGCAAUUCGAACAACUUCAAUUGCCUCGUUCGAUCGGUCACGUGGUGUCUUCUUAAUCGAUUUCUGUCUAUCCUGUGCCUCUCGCUUACUUCAAAUCUUCGUGAUUCUCCAGUCGACUAAACUUACAAGCUAAAGAAUGAAAUUCAUCGGGUUUCUGCUCCUGUUUAAUCUACUGAUCGCUGUCGCGUAUAAGGACGAACAGUGUCAACAGAAAACGGACGAGCAACUUAUCUGGGAGUACAACGUCAGAAGAUCAUAUAGGAUCGGUGCAUAUCAAGAAGUGGAAGCGGAGUAUGGACCAACCAAUGUAACGAUCACUUGCAUAGGAGUAGAUUCUCUAUCUGGCGAGGACAACGCAGUCAUGUGGGUGACAUCCGGUGGGAUAGGAUAUAAUUUCAUUAAGAUUAAGUUCAGGUCAAAAUAUUCCAGAGGAUUUCAUUACCGAGUUUACGUUUAUGGAAGACCAUACCGAAUAAACAAGCCUAACUUGUUGUAACUUUUUCUGACAAUAACUCGGUAUAACUGUAUUAAA